AUGGAGACGGUCAUCACUGGACUCCAGGUUUUAAAGGGUCGUCAGGACUGUGGUGGACUCAGGAUGUUUGAGAGGAGGGGUGAGACUGACCUUCCAUACGUCAUGGACUUUAUGCCACAGGUGUUUCCAGGCACACCGUCAUCAGUGGUGGACUCAGGGAAAGCACAGGCAGACGCCAGUAUUCAGAUUGAUACGUCAACCCAGGAUUUGGCAAGACCCCUUGACAGUUCUGAGGUGUGGAGCCCCCUGAGUGGAAAAUCUUCACAAAGUCUACCAGGAACAGCAGAAGAAGCAGAUAACCCGAAUCCUAAUUCCUCUGACCACGAGUCUGACAGUCAAUCCAAAGAUGCACAUGAUGUCACCCACUGUGCCAUAACUGAUGAUGAUUCUGAAGCUUGGGUUCCUCUCAGUGGACAACAAAGUCUGUCAGGAGCAGAAGCCUCUAGGACAUUCGACAAUCUCUCUGAAUCUUGGACCCCUCUUAGAGGACAGCAGUGUCUUUCGGGAGAAGAAGUCUCUAACGUGAUGGGCCGUGAUGAUUCAGACCAUGACUUUGAAAACUUCUCUGAAGACACUCUUGAUGCUCAACCCACCACUAGCCUGCAAGCAGACCGUGGUGAAGUUACGCCCAGAUAUUCUACAUCCCCACUCUUGUUUGAAGAUGAAUGUUCCACAGAAUUUGAUCUUCACUCCAGUGACCCACAACAUUUGAGCCCAACAUCUCAGUCAUCAAACAACUUAAUUCCUGAUGACUUGGAUGAAAGUGUCGACAGCACAACGGAGAUUUUGGAAGGCUAG